GGCGCAAGUUUCAAGUCAAUCAGAGAUCAAUUGACGAUUCGAGAGAAGAAACUCGGGCAUGACCUGAAGAAGAAUGGAUUUCUACCUCACUUUAUGGACAAAGAAUCAUGCAAGCUUGUUAUGAAACGAAAGAGGACGAGAUGAGGGAGAAACGAAGCAUUAAACAGAGGCUGAGCAAGCUGCAUGGGCAGACCAGGGAGGCUGCACGGCCGUGCACGUGAGCAAUAUGGCCGUGCGCCUUAUGCCGAGGACACGCACGGGCAACCCCUGAAGCUCGCACGGUCGUGCACCCUGGCCGUGCGAGAGGGCUGAAGUUCGACUAAAUGACACGCUGCGUUUUGAGUUGCACGGCCAGAAUGGUGAUAUGCACGGCCGUGCACCCUGGCCGUGCGAGUCGGGAUUUCCUGGUUUUAAGCCAAAUUCCGAACCAAAGAAGAGGAGAGCUGGGUUUUGGAUCCCAAUCACCCAAGGGACGAACCCUAGAGAGAGAGGGCGAUUUGAGGGCAUUCUUGGAGUAGAGAAGGAGGAUUUCUUUGCCUUGGAUGCUCGAGGAACAAGCCCGGACUUGAAGACUGAUCAUCUGAAGAUUCUUACUGCAGUCUCUCUCUUCUCUAUGGAGUAACUUCCCUUCACUUAGGUUUUGAGGAACCCUAGCUAUGUUUGUUUGAUUGGAUGAUUGUAUGAGUACUCUGACUGGAUAAUCUUGAGUUCAUAUUCAAUCUAUGCAUGUUUUCAUGAUUCAAUUCUGCUUUAGUCGAGAUUAUUGAUUCUGCUUUGAUUCUAUGAGAGGGAAUACCUGAUUAGGUCAAUAGAGCACCAUAGAUUGAUAGUAGUGGAUCGAUUGCUUUAGUCGAGGGUUGAUUCACUGCUUUGUAUCGAUUGAGAACCUCUUUCGAUAGAGGGAGUCUAGUUCAGAACGCCUUGAUCAGUUGUUCUAGAGAAGGAUACGUCCCUCUAGGCAAUUGACUCAAGAGGGCCUUGUUCCUUUAGUCGAGACUCAAGGUCUAGUCAAGGAUUCUCCGCAUUGUGAAUGAAAAUGAAACAGGUUAGAGAUCAUCAAUCGUUAAUCUGGCUAGUGGCUAGGGGGAAUCAUACCUAAGUGAGUUCCCAACCUGUAAUUAGAUUAACUUUAACUGUAGUUUGCUAGAGUAGUUUUAGUUCUUUCAUCUUAAUCUGAUUUGCUAAAUAAUAAACUGAAGCUGAGUAAUAGUAACUCUAGAGACCCGUGGAUUCGAUAUUUAUCACUUGAGCCACUAUACUGCAGUCCCUUUCAUUGGUUACACUUGGCCUUUGUUAGGUGUUGUGUCGUAGCGAGUCAAGUUUUUGGCGCCGUUGCCGGGGACUUUCUAGAGUAUUAGGAAAGGCAGAAGUUUGUUACUUUAGCGUUUUUCUUUUCUUUUCUUUUCCACCCUUGCUUUUCACUUGGGUGUUUUUGUUUUUGUUGGUGCAGAUCUGAAUCAUGGAUCCUAAUGGCUUCUCCAAUCAUUGGGGGUAUCCACCACCAUCUGGGUGGUAUUACCCCGAGACUCCGUGGAGCAAUCAAGGCGGAGAAGACUAUGGAUUCGGGUUCCAGUACCAACCCCCUUACUACGGAGAACAACCGGACCCCUGGGCAUAUCAAGAACAACCUCAUUAUCAAGAAGAAUUUCUCCCACAACCAGAAGGGCCAUCGGCACUGGAGUUACUCAUGGAGCAGUAUGCUCGAGACUGUGAGAGAACAUGCUCCAGGAUGGAUCAGUGUGUCCAGGCCUAUCGUGAAACAGAUGAGAUCCUCCUGAGCCUUAAGAAGAGCGUCGAUGAUCUUGAGCGAUCUUGGGCGCAACCUGCUCCAGAUCACCCUUCUGCUACCAUACAAGAAGAGGAGGAGGAAGAAGAAGGCUACAAGGGCAUUGUGGAACACACUGAAGUCGUCACGGAGAGCUCCCGUGAUGAUCAUGAUCAGGCCUGUCAUGUCGUAGCCGACCACACCUUCCCACACCCCAAACUGAGCUUUGAAGAGGCGGGCAUGAGUGAGGAGAUACAAGAAGAUCUCAUGAAAGAAAUUGCUUGGCAACUUGCUCUCCAAUCCGUGCUAGAAGAAGAAGAGCAAGAAAGGGUGCAGAAAGAAGUUGUGGAGGAUGACGAAAGUGAAGCUAGAGGAGUUCUUGAUCAUUUCCCAGGGGUGAUACCACAUGAAGAAGGAAGGGAGGUUGAAGAAGCAAUUGGCGUCCAGGCUGAGGACGAAGUUGAGGUGGAAGAGGCUUGCACCGGCCAUGAGUUACAGGUGAUAUCUCCACCAAACUUCGAGGAACUGCUUAGCAAGGACCCAUUUGCAGUGUCUCUUUGCCAGACCAAGGCCACCUCGACAUCGGUCCCUCUUGGUGGACGCGAUGGUGGCCAAUCGAUGUUGUCAUAUCUGGUUUGGGGCAAUGAGACGAGAGAAGAGAAGGAGAGGUCUCGAGGGUGGAGACUUCAUCUGCAUCAAGUACAUGAGCCUUCAUCACCUGCCACAUCACAUGCUCAUGACUUGAGACUCCACCUCAUCGACGAGAACCUCAACUUCAAGGAGGUUCUCUCAUGGACCGAAACUUAGGAGCCAUCGUCCGGCUCACGACGUGAAAGAAGCGCUUGUUGGGAGGCAACCCAACCAGUCGGUUUGCAUCUCUUUCUCUAUUUCUCCUCGGUUGAGUCAGUUUUGUUAUUUGAUUUUAGAGUCAAUAACUCAACCUUUGUGAGAUUUUGUGUGGUUUUUGUGUUCUGAUUACUCUCUCUUUCUGGAAUGCACCGCCUGACCCGUACAUCAUCAUUCACCCUUGAUCUGGUAACUUCGUUCUACCCUCCUUAUCUUUCCUCCAUUGAGGACAAUGUCGUGCUUAAGUGUGGGGGGAUGUUCGAUUAUGUAUGCGGGUGAAUGUUUGGCUGUUUGUGUGCUUGGAGCCUAGUCCACUGUCCAAAUCUUUAAAUUUGAGGGCUCCAAGUACGUGUUCCAUGCAAUUGCCUGCUCAGUAUGCUUUGAAUUGACAGUCUUUACAGUAAUAUGCAACCUAGGGAGGUAGUGUAGCACUAUGGAGGAUGUUGAUGCAUUUAAGAAGUCUCAUGUCUUCUUCAUAUUGAGUUGGUUGAUUGAGUGAAUUAGUGAUCUUAGGACCCUUGAAUUGUGUGGUGUUGUGGAUUCUCUACCUGUCAUGGACUCUUGUAUCAUGUUUUGAAAGUAACAGGUGCUCGAAAAUGUGCUUCAAAAUAACGUCUCCCGUGCGAAUAGGGCGAAAGUGUGUAAGGGGAGACGGGAAUUCGUUCCCAAUUUCCACCUACUACCUCCAGCCCCCUUACAUGUCUUUCCCCCGCACGAGGCUCGAGACAUCCGCUCCUGGCAUGGCCGGUAAGAGCAGGUUGGGACCCUUGAAAGAAAAAAAAAAAAGAAAAAAAAAUAACAGAAAACAAGCAAAACAGAAAGAAAAGGGGUUCCAACUAUCUUCAAGAAGAAAAUAGAGCACCUUGAAAAAUGUGAGUCCAUGAUCCUUUGUUUUUGAGAAUCUCUGCAUCCACAAUUCAUUUGUCCUCUGUUCACUAUUUGCCAUGAUGCCGACUCGAUACUAGUGCUCUCGCCGAAGAAGCUAUGAGAUAACUUGUGUGUCGGUUGACCUCGUAAGUUGCUAAAUGAUCUAGGAAGUCCUCUACCUACGAUCUGGGGUGUUUGUUGCUAUAGAGGUCUGAAAAGUUGCAUUGGUUUGAGUUAGGUUUGAUUGAGGACAAGCAAACAGUUAAGUGUGGGGGGGAUUUGAUGACUCGGUAUUUGCACAUGUUUUCCCCUUUGUUUCUUGAUUGUUUGAGCUUGAAUUAUUGCGUCUUUGGCCUAUUUUAUGCUAGGUUGUAUUCCUUUGUCCCAUUUCAGGUCCUAGCACAUAAAGUGAAGCAUAGGCGCAAGUUUCAAGUCAAUCAGAGAUCAAUUGGCGAUUCGAGAGAAGAAACUCGGGCAUGACCUGAAGAAGAAUGGAUUUCUACCUCACUUUAUGGACAAAGAAUCAUGCAAGCUUGUUAUGAAACGAAAGAGGACGAGACGAGGGAGAAACGAAGCAUUAAACAGAGGCUGAGCAAGCUGCACGGGCAGACCAGGGAGGCUGCACGGCCGUGCACGUGAGCAAUAUGGCCGUGCGCCUUAUGUCGAGGACACGCACGGGCAACCCCUGAAGCUCGCACGGCCGUGCACCCUGGUCAUGCGAGAGGGCUGAAGUUCGACUAAAUGACACGCUGCGUU